AUGAUGCCUCGGCAGCACGAGCCGCAGAGGCAUUACCCCUCCUCUUUCUCUUCGCAUCGCCUCGUCGCUCCCUCUCGUUCGCUAAGCCCUAGACCGUCGCCUUCUCUGUCGGUCUCACCCCCCGAGGUCGACCCUCUGCAGCCUCCGGCGUCGCAUUAUGCGUUCUGCUCCUCGUUUUCGCCCUCGCUGACUUGUUCCACGUUCCUGUCUGCCUCCUCCUCGUCCUUUGCACCAUCUUCUUCCUCGCUCUUUGCUUUCCACGCGUCCCCGUCUCCCCCGUCUUCUCCGUUUCUCCCCUACCAGCCUUCGCCCUCCAUCAACCCGCUUGGCCUGUCUCCUGCGUCUCCCUCGCCUCCGGGGCGCCCCUGUCGCUCUUCUCUCUCUCUGCCUCGUCCCUUCCACAUCUGGCCUUCCGCUGCGAGCCAGUUUGCCUCCCCCUCGUCUUCACCGAAUCCUGCCCAGUUCUCGCCGCCUCCUGUCGCGAGCCCCUUCCGCACUUCUCCGUCUCCACCGUCGUCGCCCUUCCUCUCUCCGUGGGGACGACCUGCGUGCGAUCUGCCGCGCACCGAGGAGCGCUUCGCCUCGCCGUCGCUCUCUCGCUAUGAUGCGCCUCCUCUGUCUCUCUCGCGGUCAGGCUCCUGCUCACUGGAGGCCGCGGUCUCGAUGCGCGAAGAGACGAGAGCGCGCGUGGGAGCACGCAGGCUGCGGCAACGAGAGCAUGACGCGAGAGGAGGUGUCUCUUGCGCUCGGUCGAAACACUUUGAGUGGAACCGGAGUUCGAGGGCUCGCUCGCUGCAGUUCUACGCAGGCCGGCCAGGGACGCGGUGCGAAGCGGAGGAAACCCCAGCAGACGAGGGAAGCCACAGCGCGGAAGCGUCGAGACGAAGACGACAGGAAGACGACCACAUAUGGCGAAUUGGGGACGCCGACGCUUGCGCGUGGGAGCCCAGCUCGCCAACGGUGGCCGUGAGGAAAGGCGCUUGUCUGAGUCGAAGCCGCGUGGACGUCGCGGGCACGAGGCCCCUGUCCGCAGCGGGACUGGCAUCUGCGCGGGUCUGCAAAGACCUCCAGAGCUUUCCAGAGAUAGAAAACAGUCAUCAGCGAGAAGCAGGGCGUCCGCAGAAGCGCCGCGACACGCGAGGAGCUUCGCCUGGCCACGCGCGGCUCUCGUCUCAGGUGUAUGUACACGGCUCGCCGCAGGCAGCAGCCGGCAGGAGGCGGAGACCGGGGACGCCGACAAACAUCCAUGCACGCUUCGUCGACGGUUGUUCGUCGCGUGGAGUUCCCUCUGCUCCGGUAUACCGGGAUGAAGAGACGGCACACCAGGCGGAGCAUCUCGAAGAGGACGCGGGGGGAGAGCUGCUUGUGAUGCACCAGGAGAAGGAGCGUCCUGUGUGGAUGGAGUCGCUUCUGAGCAGCGAGCCGAGUGCGCCUGAGCGUCCGCAGGCUAACCGGAGAGAGCCGCGGGGUCGGUUCCUCGCUGCAGCUUCCUCUGCGCCUUCGCUCUGCUCGUCUUUCGCGUCGUCUGCGCCCUGCACAUGCGCCUCGGUGGCUCCAGUAAGCCACCACCACCUCCUAAAAGGCGUGUCGGCUCCGUGCAUCUCCCCCGACCAGACAACUACGUGCUCCAGUUCGUCCCUAGACCCGCUCUCUUCGCUGUCGUGUUCAUCCUUCUCCUUCGUUUCCGCGUACUCGGCGGCUUCCUCGGGGUGUCGCUGUCGCCGCGGGUCGCCCAGCGAGCAGCUGUGCGGCGGCGCUCCUUCGCCCCACGGCUCGGCGUGCGCAUCGCCUUGUCCGUAUUCCUCCGCUUUCCUCUCGUCUCCUCCGUCGCUGCAGUCUCCCUGUUGCAUCUCUUCUUCUUUCCAAUCGCUGAAACCGCCGUCGGCGCAAGCUGCCUGUGCCGUCUGCCUGCCCUCCCUCGCGUCUUCACGCCAUGGCUACGCGGUGCCCGAGAGAGGGCGCGCCGUGGCUGCCUCCCCCUGUUGCGCGGCGACCCCGCCCUUCCUCUCUGCGUCGCUGCCGGCGUCCACGAGCGCGGCGCAGGCGGUCUGCGCGUCGGCGUCCUCUGCGCUCUCCUUCUCGUUCGCAGCCUCUCCCUCGUGUGCCGCCACCGCGACGGACGCCUCCGCCGCAGUGCCCUCUGCUCUCUCCUUCUCUUUCUCCUCGUCGGUCUGCCUCGCCGCCGCGGUCUCGCCUCCUGUCGCUGAGGAGCCCAACCAGAGGGAGAGUGCGAGCGGAUGUGGGGUGCCGCCACAGGCAAGCUCUCUGAGCCUCCCUUCAGUCCGCGCGCGGAACCCUUCGAGUGAAACUGCAGUCUCCAGCUGCGGCUUCCCUCUCGCGCGCGGCGUCGACGGAGUGUCGCGCGACGCGGAGAACGACGACCUGCAGGCGCAGCUCGACAGAAUCCAGCAGAAGGCUGCCGUCAGCAAAAAAAGAGAUCGCGUCGUCCCGAGCGAUGGGCAGCCCGAAGCAGGGCAAGACGGAGAGGAAGAAGGAGGUGUCCAGGAAGGGGAGCGAGAGAGCGAAUGCAGACAGCGAGGUAUCGUGAAGCGAGAGGACGCGAUCCACGUCGCCGGCAGAGAAGCCCGCCCAAGCCUGUUGGCUUCCUGCGUCGUCCCAGUCGAGCAGGUUGAGGCGCUUGCCGCAGUCGCUAAAGUGGAGGCGAGAGGGAGUCAUGUGGUUUUCUGCGAAGAAGGAAGCGAAAGUUGCGAGGUCGGGGGGGCUUGCCACAUGAACGAGCGCAAGGCGAAGGCCGCGCAGACACGCGCGCAUGCGGAGAAGCCGAAAGACGAGGCGUCGCCGUUCUUCCUUCAAAGUGACCGCUCCCGCGCCCUCCUCGCCCGGCGCACGACGUCCGCCAGCGCGGAGACUAGCGAAGGCAAGUCGCUGUGCAGCGAGAGCGAGAGCGAACCGGACUCCGCGGAGACAGAGGACGAGAGUUUAAGUGAGGAGGAGCUCGAGCUGGAGGGUUUUUGUCUGUCGGAGUUGCUGGGGCGCGGCGCCGCCGGGAAGCGGCGCUGGAAGAAGCUCGCGCGGCAGGGAGAGCGGCGCGAUUCGUUUUCUCGGUGCUCCUUUCUGUCGAGUGAGAACGAGCUUUCCUUCUCGCUCUCCAGCUCUUCGCCCUGCUUGUCACUCGCGUCGUCUCCGCCCUGCUCGCCCUCCUCUGCGCUGGCGAACACCGCGGCCGCGGAAACGGCGGCGGCCUCUCGCUCCCCGCCGGCUCCCUCCGCCGCCGAUUUGCUCGCCGCCCACGCUCGCGCCGCGUCUCCGCGGCGGCGGCGGAAGGCCGGCGCGGCGGGCGUGCCGGCGUCUGUGCGGCGGACGCUGGCUGUUCGCCGCGAGCUGAGAGACGCCGCGCUCCAGGGCUCUCUGCGCCUGCUCCAGACGCUCAGUCUCGCGCCCUGCGCGCGCGAAAAAGAGUUCCCGGGUGGCGAGGGCGGCGGGACAGAGUCGGCCUGUGGGAAGACGGGCGGCGAAGGCGCGAGGCGCAGCGCCGAGGCUGCCGCGGACGGAGAGCUGUCGGCUGCGCAGGCCAGGCCGGGAGAACAAGAGACAGAGAACAGAGGACAUGGAGACGGGGCAGCCAGUCCCGGAGAGGUGGACCGCGCGUGGAUUCAAGCGACCGUCGACUUCUGGGAGGUCGCUGAGGCCGAGGCUGUCCUCAGCGCGCUCAGUGCCAGGCAGAACGCGCGACGCGCCCCCCCGGCCGUGAAGUGA